GGGUACGUUGGAAGUACUGGUUGUAGGUUAUCGCAACUCUGGGUCUCGUCAAUGCCAUGAUCAUGAUGUCCCCUUGGUAGUCAAGUCCGUCAUAUGUGACAGCGUGACCUGUCACAAGGAUCAUGAUAAUCGUGAUCGUGAUCAUGAUGGCCAUGGUCUGUCUCGGACUACUACUACUACCACGACAACGACAACGACUCACUGAUUUCACUUCUAUUGCUGCAUGGUUCAAGAUAGGAAGCUGUGUUCUUGUUAUCAAUGCAAGAAAUAUACUUGUGUUGACCAUGACGGCGAUAACAAGGAGGGUCAAAUGCUCAUCUCCAGUACGUGGUCUAGACAUCAAAUAAAGCACCAGCAGUGGCUAUCAAAGCAACAUGCCAAGAACGAAAAGAACACCCAGGUCAAGAUACUUGCAUCUACGAUCGCAUCAGACAAGCCAAACAACCAUUCGAUACCAGUUCGGCAACAGGACCACGAAACUGAAAACCCAUCAGCGAUAAUCAUCGAGACUGGAUUGAUUGGUACUAAUUCACAAGCUGACUCGUUAGAGAGUGAUCGCCAGAGUAGCACAGCUCGUGCAAUGAAACUUAUUUCUUCAACCAAUUCCAAACUUGACCGUCGUCAUCGAUCAUUUUCACACAAACUCGUUAAACUUCAUUUUGGAGAACCUAGGCUCCUUCCUCGACAUGCUCCUAAGCUUCCUAACGUUGCUGCAAAUGAAGCCUUCAUACUGCAUGAGAGC